AUGGCAAGCAGAAAAGCUCCUGGUGAAUAUAUUCAGGUACCUCCAAAUGCUGCAGCUCACGUAGAUGCUUACUUUGAAUAUCGACAUAUUGUGGGUGACGAUGAUGGUGGACAAAUGUUCACACCGGAAGAAUACGAAGCAUACAAAAAGCGUGUUUUGCCAAUGCGUUUACAUAACCGUUUAUAUGUAUCAUGGAUAAAUCCAGAUGGAAUGGAUUGUAUUCUAGUUGGACCACAACACAAGUGUUUAUGCCGACAUAGAUUCACUGAACACAAAACUGAUUUUCAACAAAUACCAAAAGAUCGUCCAAUUCUUCUUCCAUGUCGCGCCGCUGGUUGUCGUUGUGCUUCAUUUGAUUACGCAGCAAAUUCAUCGGGUACCAGUGACCCUAAUUGCAGGUGUAAACACGCUCUACAAAAUCAUUCUACAAAUCCACCAUACAAAUGUCAAAAAGGUUGCACAUGUUCCGGUUUCAGUACUCCAUUUACAUGCGGCUGUGGUACAGCGGCUAACAAACACUUCACACUUGUCGAAACAAAAGAAGAACGUGAAAGACGCGGUCAUCCAACAGUACCAUAUGGAAUACCUUAUAAAGCGAUGGGUGGAAUGACGGGCUUUAGUUCACUAGCUGAAGGAUAUCUUCGUUUAGAUGAAAGUGGUAGAGGUCGACCGAGUGAUGAAUUUCUAAAUCAGCCAAUUACAGCGCUAGAUCAUCCGAUACUACGUGCUCAUGCUGCACUCGAUCCUGAUAGUAUGACACAACGUUUGUCGAGAUCCAUUAAAGCACCGAAAAGUCCUUAUGAUCCAAAUGCUCAAUUGACAACUGGCAGUCGAAAAACCGGUACAUCAUCACAGCGGCAUAUUAAAAAAUGA